AUGGAGAAACACGUGAACACUGUCUGUAGAUCUGCCUACCACCAGCUGAGAAACACCGGACGCAUACGGAAAUACCUUACAACCGAUGCCACAAAAACAUUAGUUAAUUGUCUAGUAACAUCAAAGCUUGACUAUUGUAAUUCGUUGCUCUUCGGUAUUCCAAAAUUGACAGUGAAUAAACUACAACGAGUUCAGAACACAGCUGCCAGAAUCAAUACAAAAACUCCUCGUCAUGACCAUAUAACACCAGUGCUCAAGGAACUUCACUGGCUACCAAUAUGUCAACGGAUCGAUUACAAGGUCCUACUGUACACUUACAAGGCUCUCCAUGGACAGUGCCCACAAUACAUUAUAGACUUAUUGUGUGUGUACCGACCAGCUAGAGACCUUCGUUCUAGCAGUUCUUUAACACUUUUAGUACCACGUACCAGAACUGUGACAUUUGGAAACCGUAGUUUUAGCCAUGCUGCACCAAGGUUAUGGAACGCACUGCCAGAGUCAGUUAGAAACGCCCAGACACUUAACGCUUUCAAAAGACAGCUUAAAACACAUCUUUUCCGCUCCUAUAAUGUUGAGUAA